CUCAGCUUAAUUUCUCUUUUUCCGUGCCACAGCAGAGGAAAGCGCGGUGAACGACAGCUCCAUUUCGAGAUCUACCUAUUUGAAUUCUCCGAUCGCCGUUACACAGAGAUGGGGCUGUGUUUCACCAAACUUAUUAGUUGCCUCUUUGCUAAGAAAGAAAUGCGUAUUCUUAUGAUUGGUCUCGAUGAUGCUGGUAAAACCACAAUUCUCUACAAGCUCAAGUUGGGGGAAAUUGUUACCGCUAUACGUACUAGUGGCUUCAACGUGGAAACAGUUGAAUACAAGAACAUCAUCUUUACUGUGUGGGAUGUUGGGGGUCAGGACAGGAUUCGACCUCUAUGGAGGCAUUAUUUCCAGAACACACAAGGCCUCAUCUUUGUGGUUGACAGCAAUGACAGAGACCGUGUUGUUGAGGCAAGGGAUGAGCUUCAUGGGCUGUUAUAUGAGGAUGAACUAAGAGAGGCUGUGCUGCUUGUUUUUGCAAACAAACAAGAUCUUCCAAACGCAAUGAAUGCGGCUGAAAUCACCGAUAAGCUUGGACUUCAUUCUCUUCAUUCUCUUCAACAGCGGCACUGGCAUAUCCAGAGUACAUGUGCCACUUCUGGAGAAGGGUUAUACGAGGGACUUGAUUGGCUAUCGAACAAGGCUUAG